CAAGCCUUAAGAAAGCAGGCGAACAGGCAGUCGGUAAUCUGGCGGGGGGCAAACGUUCGGGGCCGCGGGAGCGUAAAGUGAGUUUUCGCUCGCGGCUGCUUCGCAAUGCCAGGCAGUCGAGGUGAGUCGAGUCGAGUCGAGCGGAGCCGAGCCUCUUCGAGUCAGUCUUGGACGUGGCCCCGUCGCAUCCUUCUCGGCGCUGCCUGGUGUUGUGUCCUGGUGCACGGCUACCACCUGUCGAAAUCGAACGAUCUUUAUCGCGUAACGUCCAAGCACCGCUGACCGUUCGCUCGAUACUCUCGAAAUGGCUGCAGUCUAAAAAACCGUCAAGGAUCGUCGGCUCAGUGAAUCACGACGGUUCGAUCGCCUCUGCACGCAUUCCUCUCUCUCCCUCCUUUGCUUCUCUCUUUUUCUUCCCCGCGACAUUUGAUCGCUCGAAGGACUUUGUUGUUUUCUCAUCGACGAUGACGUCGUCCAACCGGUGCAUCGGUUGAGACCACGUCCUUUUUGGUGCAGUGAUUUCGUGCGUGCGUGUUCGAGAGGAUCAGCUGGAAGCGAGCGCUGUUCAACAGAUUGGCCUCACCGAGGCGGAAGGAGUUAAUCAACGAGAGGGGUGCCCAUGCCGAGCGUCAGGAAAAAUCAGCAGGAGGGUCUUAGGAGAGGAACAUUCUCAAAGACGAGCUCGAACUCGUAGGAAUUGAAUUUGUGAACGUGGACGAUCGUGCGAGAACGUUCGAGCUUGAAAAUGUUAUCGAAAACGUGUUCCGAGAUCAUGGCGGGACUAAUAUUGUUGGCGUUCACGGCGAUAACAUUCAGAGAAGUGCAAGGACACGUUGCUCUAACCUUCCCUCGAGCAAGGAAGUACGACUUGGACUUUUUGGAUAAUGCUAGGACACCUGGUCCCUGUGGAAUGCCUCGUGGCGAUGUUAAAACCACGUUUCUGUCUGGGAGUAACUUCAAUGUCACGUGGCAUCUGGCUUACCCCCACCGAGGAGGAUUUCGCUUGCAAAUCUUGGACGCCCUCGACCGACCACUGGUGGAUCUGACUCCUGUCACGAAAAAUAGCGAGUUCGUGGAAGAUGACGCCACGGCACAAAGUUACGCGGUGCAAUUACCUCAGAAUUUCACAUGCACAGACUGCACGAUUCGACUUUUGCGAGAGGCCGAAGAGUGGGGAUCGAGUUACCGAUUUUGGUCCUGCGCAGAUAUAGACAUUAUCGACAGAAAAAGCUACAGAGAAGAUUGCAGCGGUCAUGGCCGAUAUCUUCUGGGUCGAUGCAGAUGCGAUCGACUGUAUCACGGUACAAGGUGCGAAUUUAAGGAGGAAUGUCUGGACGAUUCCGACUGCGGUAUUCAGGGCACGUGCAUUGACAAUGGCGGCACGACCGCGCCCACCAAGCACUGCUAUUGCAAUAUUGGCUGGUUCGGACCGGGCUGUGCCAAGAAAUCGCCGAUCAAGACCAUCGACGUAGACCUGGACUCUUACACGAUGAAAAAGUUCUCGGACAAUUUCACGUUUUAUUGGCGGAUAUUGAAAGAGAGCAAAGAACUGGAAGGAGUGAUGGUAGUGAACAGCACUAGUUGGGUCGGAAUUGGCUGGCGUCCAAGUGACCUGACUCCCUUAUGUCGAUCUUUCCCAAACAUACAAGAAAGACCGAAAGACGAACCGCUUCCGCAGCCGGAACCGAAAUCGGAACCCGAACCAAAAUCCGAGCCAAAAUCUGAGCCAAAAUCUGAACCGAAGGCUGAACCGAAGCCUGAACCCGAGCCUGAGCCGCAGCCUGAGCCUGAACCCGAACCUGAACCCGAGUCUGGAACCGAAAGGUCCAGCGCUAAGAGAAGGUCGGCAAAAGCGCAUGAUAUCGCGGCGCUAGCUGCGACUCCUAGGUCAGACACCGACGUGACGGUGCAGACGAGUGUUACUUAUCGCGUUAGCACGAGGCAAGGGCGCAAGAAGAGGUCUCCAGAGUCGACUGCAGUCACAAAUGGGGAACCCGUCGCCGAGCCGAGCACUGUCAACAGCACCAACCCUGAACCAGAACCUAGUUCAGAACCUGAACCCAAGUCUGAACCUGAACCCAAGUCCGAGCCUGAACCGAGUUCCGAGCCAGAACCCAAGUCUGAGCCUGAACCAAGCUCUGAACCAGAACCUAAGUCUGAACCUGAACCAAGUUCUGAGCCAGAACCUAAGUCUGAACCUGAACCAAGUUCCGAGCCAGAGCCUAAAUCCGAACCAGAACCAAAAUCCCAGUCAGAAUUCGUUCCUCAAGUCAAAUCAGAACACGCAAGUGAAAAAUCCAAAGCAAAGCUCAUGUUGCCACCUGAAUAUGAACCCAACUCUGAACCCGAGCCCAAGUCCGAACCAGAACCAAGUGCUGAGCCAGAGCCCACCUCAGAACCCGAACCAAAAUCCGAGCCAGAACCCAAGUCCGAACCAGAACCGAGUUCAGAACCCGAACCAAAAUCCGAACCUGAACCCAAGUCCGAACCAGAACCGAGUUCAGAGCCAGAGCCAAAAUCCGAACCAGAACCCAGUUCCGAACCAGAGCCAAAUUCUGAACCGGAAUCCAAGUCAGAGCCGGAGCCAAAGUCUGAACCCAGCUCGGAACCGGAGCCGAAUUCAGGUCCAAAGUCAAGCGCAACGAAAGCUAUCCUACCUGGAGCAGGCCACAAGUACACGCCGAAGCACGAUUUCAACCCUAUGGACUGCACGGACAUCAUUAUCGGAUCUGCUCGCGGUGAGAGUCACAGGAUCGGUGACUAUUAUACGAGGGACAGGUCCACGCCUCGAAAGGACGAGUACUGGGGUGGCAGGGAAACUCUAACUGCAGCCAUGGGUUACGAACGCAAUGGAGUCACAACGAUACUCUUCAGACGAAAAUUAGCAGCGAACGAACCGACCGAUCACGAGAUUGUCGAUGCUAAUAUGCAGGUGAUAUGGGCUAAAGGUCAGGAACCUGGCAAGUACGUUCACCACCCACCCAGUGGCGUCGAGAAGGCCAAGGUUAGCGUGAAGGACUUUUACAAACCUGACGAGCUCAAGUACCAUGGACAUGGGUCGCAGAGAGGAGCAGUGACGCUUAAUUUCUUUGACGAAAAGAACAGACAAGAAGCAGCAGGUGGCAACGCUACGAUGCAGGUUUCGAAUUGCAGCGGUGAAUGGCAUUAUCCCAGACAUUGUGUUCCCGAGAAUGGUACCUGUGAAUACUCUAUUCAAUGGUCGUACAAGACACGAAAGGACCAGUUAUCGUUCAUCAUCUCGACGACCAAUACGAAUACUUGGACCGGGGUUGGAUUCUCCAACGAUCAGAAAAUGUCUCAGACGGAUGCGGUGUUAGGUUGGGUAGACGACAAAUCGGGUCGACCUUUUCUCAUGGAUACUUGGAUCAGCGGAUACAAUGCCCCGCUGCUCGAUCCGUCUCAAGAUAUCUACAACACCGGCGGCAGCAAAGUGGAUGGCGUAACGACGCUCAAGUUCUCGAGGAAGCGAGUAACAAACGACAAUAAGGAUCUCUCGUUCACGGACGAGCACUGCUUGUACAUGAUGUACCCCGUCAAGGGUGGCAUGUUCAAUGCUGUCAGCAAGAAAAUACGCAAGCACGAGGCUGUACCCAUUGUCUCGUCCGAGAGGAUAUGCAUUAGAUCUUGCGGCCUCGAAGAACUGGAGGAGAUCACCACACCAGCACCGCCCAGGUGGCACUAUAACGUUGAAGUGAAGCUGAUAAAUCUUGGCGACGGUUUCAUGACGCCUGCUCCAGGUACUCCUGACUUCGAGGUCAUCUCGAACAGAAUAUCAGACAGCUUUGGUCCGGUUCUUGACAAGCUACCCGGCUACUACCAAAUUCGCCUGAACGAGCUACAGAAGAAUGACGAGAAAGAUGGCGUCAUCGCUCGCAUGGAUCUGAUCCUGGAUAAAAACGAAGUGAAAGGUAGAUCGUUGAAACCUCUGGACACGAGUGCUGCGGCAGAGAAGGCGUUGAAGGAGGCUCUGGUUAAUGGAAAGGUCGGUGCACUCAGUGUUGACCCUCAGUACCUGGUCGUCAGAGCUCCUCGAGUAACAGAUUUGGGUGGCGGAGAAGAACCAGAGGAUUCAUCGUCAACAUUCGGCUCGAACUUGUUCCUCGACGCGACCAAACUGUACAUUCUUGUGGGCUGCGUUGCUGCAUUGCUUGCCCUUGCUCUUCUACAAGCGAGCUGCACCCUCUACAGAUCAUCCAGGAGGCGAGCAACAAAGGAUCGUCUAAUCGCCAGUAACGCUUGGAAGGACUACGCCUCCGGCGCGAAUACAAACUUCGCUUUCGAAGCGUUCGAAACGGAAGAGAAGGCCCCACCACCGCCAGUCUCGAGUUUACCGCGUCACAGAGAGAUGACCGGAAACGGAUUGGGUACCGACACCGUGGAGGGUCCCACCCGAAUGGUAGGACCCCGAGCGACCUACAGUCUGCCACGUGCCCCGGGAACGAGGCACACCGCGCCCAUUCAGCCAGGCUACUACACUCAAGAUCGCAGGGAUCAUUAUCAGCGAUCGAAGAACAACAUGCACAACGCUAGCGGCGUUUCGACCCAACCGAACCAGCCCGACUUCUAUUUCAUGCCGAGUCAGCGCAAAUACAGCGGCGAGGUCGUGCGCGUUUACGUAGAUUACGGUAGUCAACCGUCAAAGUAACCAUCCGGAUCCGACAGACGACGAACAAGUAAAGGACCGUGAGAGAUUUGCAACAGUGCCGCCCUCUUCUGAUCAAUUACCCCCCGGUCAAAAGCCAAGCGGACGAUUUUACCUCCUCGCUUCAGUGAAGCGACCCUGUACAUAAAACACACACGUUAGUGGACCUGGAGAGAACGAGACUUUUGAAACGAGCCCCUCCCUCCGGUGCUUUUCAAUUGAUGGAUCGUUGUUCCGUUUCUCUGUCGUUGGUCCCGUUCGAUCGGCUCGCCAGAGCUUCGAACCGAGGCAUCGUCGCGUUUCGUUCACGAAAUAUCACACGCAGAAGUGGCGCUUACGACCAAAGAGUUAUAGAUAAGGCGCGUCCGAUGGCGCGGUUCUGUACAAAAGCGCACCAAGCAACCAGACGACCGCGGUCUCGCGUGGUCGUUGCAAUAACUUGCGAUUGGCGUGUGGCCCGGGUACGAUCGACCGUACCGAUGUGCCCCAACAAAUAUCACAUGUGUACUUAUAACGAGCAAGCAAUGGACGUUUAAACAAUAAAACGUUUGUACAUUU